AUGGAAGGAGGACAUGGCGCCAACUAUGCUGAAAUCACUCGAAAUGGGGCUUCUGCUAACCCUAAUACAAUCAAGGAUCAUUGUGAUUUCCAUGUUAAUAGUUAUUAUCAAAAGAAAGGUCAAGUUCUAGGGAGCUGUGAUUUAUCAGGCACGGUUACUGUUAGCCAAACACCCCCUUCUGGUGCAGAUUCUAUGUACUUCAACUCCAACACCACUAGCAACUGGAACCGGAGCCCCAACCCCAGGAACCAGAAUUGGAACCCAAAACCCGGAACCAGAACCGAAACUGGAACUCUAGGGACCGUAAUCGGAACCGGAACUGGAACUCCAGGGACUGGGACCGAAAAUGGAACUCCAGGGACCGAAACCGGAACUGGAAUGGGAACUAGAACUGGGAGUGGCACAGUGCCUGGAAUAAGUGUGAAUCCGUAA